AUGUUGGAUUUGUGUGCGUGGAUAGAAGAAAGUUUUACAAAUUUCGAAAAAGGAAUCAAUUGGAGAUCGCAUGUUGUGUGCGACGUGACGUACAAUUCGGUCAACAACUGGCUGACGACGCCUUUCAUAGAAAGAGGUCCAGCCAAUAGGAUUUACAUAGAAAUUAAAUUUACAAUCAGAGACUGUUCGAUGUUCCCCGGAAAUGCUCUCAGUUGCAAGGAAACGUUUAGUCUUCUUUAUUACGAAUUCGAUGGAGCUAAACCGGAGCCACUGCCUUGGGAACCGGACAAAUAUAAACUCAUAGGUCGUAUAGCAGCCGGCGAAGGGAGAUUUAACGUAAAUUCAGAUAUAUUAAUAAAUACGGAAGUUAAAAGCGUUCCAGUGACUAAGAAAGGAGUUUAUUUUGCAUUCAGAGAUCAAGGAGCUUGCAUAAGUCUUUUAGCCAUAAAAGUGUAUUACAUAACGUGUCCGGAAACGACAAUCAAUUUCGCACAUUUUCCGGCCACGUCGACGGGAAAAGAAGUAACGGUUAUAGAGCAAGCAAUGGGAAAAUGCGUGGAAAACGCUCAGGAAGUUGGAAAACCCACGUAUCUGUGCAAAGGAGACGGAAAAUGGUAUCUUCCGACGGGUGGAUGCAAAUGCAAUCCCGGAUAUCAACCGGAUUUCAAUAAGAAAACGUGUAACGUUUGCCCUCCUGGUAAAUAUAAACAUUCGACGGGCGAUGACAAAUGUCAGGGAUGUCCGGAACACAGCAAAGCACCGGAUUACGGUUUUUCAGAAUGUCGUUGCAACAGCGGAUACUACAGAGCGGCAAAGGAUCCCAAAGACAUGCCUUGCACGCAGCCUCCUUCAGCUCCGCAAAACGUCACGUCGUAUUUUGUGGAUCCGUCAACUGUCAUUAUAUCUUGGAAUCCACCCGCUCAACGUGGCGGUCGUAACGAUACAGUUUACAGGGUUUUGUGCGAAGGUUGCGGCGUUUCCGUUUCUUACAUUCCAAACACGGAUUUUUUCAACGACACAAAAAUUACUCUGACGGGUUUGAAUCCGGUCACGACGUAUAAAUUCCAAGUUUAUGCAGAAAAUGGCGUCAGCGAUUUGGUGGGUGAAAAAAGUCAAUUUACGGAAAUAAUUGUUUCGACGGAAGCGAGCGUCGUUUACAACGUUGCCAAUUUGAAAGUUAAUUCGGUGAAAAGCCCCGAAGUUGUUUUGUCAUGGGAUGCACCGCCGCCUACGACAAACGACGCCGCAGACGAAGUUGAAAAUUACGAGGUACGUUAUUUCAUUCGUAACGAUAAUGGUAACGCGUCGACGAAAUUAACUAAAGACACGACGAUAACGCUCACGGAUUUAAAACAAAGGACGGAUUAUGGAUUUCAAGUGAGAGCGAAAACAAACAGAGGUUGGGGAGAUUUCAGUCCGAUUGUUUUUCAAACAACCCGUCAGGUUUUACAUUACGUGGGAGAAGAUGAUAACAUUCAAGUGAGAAUAAUUGCCGGAGCGACGGUUGCCGUCGUUGUUUUACUCGUCAUAAUAAUAAUAAUGACGGUUUUGUUCCUUCGAAGCAGAGGAUCCGACGAAUGUAAUAAAAAACAACCGAGCGACUGUGAUACGUUGGAAUACAGGAAUAGAGAAGUGACGACUCCAUUGGUGACGCAAUUCGGAAGUAGUUCGAGAACUUAUAUCGAUCCACACACUUACGAGGAUCCAAAUCAAGCCGUUCGAGAAUUUGCGAGAGAAAUCGAUGCGGGUUGUAUAACGAUAGAAGCAAUAAUUGGCGGAGGAGAAUUCGGGGACGUGUGUCGCGGAAAAUUAAAACUUCCACCCGAUGGCAGAUCGGAAAUAGACGUAGCGAUAAAAACAUUAAAACCCGGAAGUUCGGAUAAAGCGAGAAAUGAUUUUCUUACGGAGGCGUCCAUAAUGGGACAAUUCGAACAUCCGAACGUCAUAUUCCUACAGGGCGUCGUGACGAAAUCAAAUCCGGUCAUGAUAAUAACCGAAUACAUGGAAAACGGAAGCCUCGACACGUUUCUAAGGGCGAACGAUGGAAAAUUUCAAGUUUUACAAUUGGUAGGCAUGCUUCGCGGCAUCGCUUCGGGCAUGCAGUAUCUCUCGGAAAUGAAUUAUGUACACAGGGAUUUAGCCGCUAGAAACGUUUUAGUUAAUUCGACAUUAGUUUGUAAGAUAGCCGAUUUCGGUUUAAGUCGAGAAAUAGAAUCAACGACGGAGGGAGCCUACACGACGAGGGGAGGUAAAAUUCCCGUGCGAUGGACUGCGCCGGAAGCAAUAGCAUUCAGAAAAUUCACAUCCGCAAGCGAUGUUUGGUCGUUUGGUAUAGUAUGUUGGGAAGUCAUGUCCUACGGCGAGAGACCCUAUUGGAACUGGUCGAAUCAAGACGUUAUCAAAAGUAUAGAAAAGGGCUACAGGUUGCCCGAACCUAUGGAUUGUCCCGAAGCCAUUUAUCAACUCAUGUUGGACAGUUGGCAAAAGGAAAGAACUCACAGACCGACUUUUGCGAGCAUAGUCAACACUUUGGACAAAUUAAUACGAUGUCCGGACACGCUUAGGAAAAUUUCACAGAACAGGACGAUGAAUCCUUUGGCACCGGAUGCUCCCGAUUUGACGACGCUUUCCUCCGUCGACGAAUGGUUAACAUCGAUAAAAAUGGCAAGGUACUUGGAAAAUUUUGCUCAAGCGGAAAUCACGACAAUGGAUGACGUUUGCAGGUUGACGGUUAAAGAAUUGACGGCGCUCGGCAUAACACUCGUCGGUCAUCAGAAAAAAAUAAUGAACAGCGUUCAAGUAUUAAGAGCUCAAAUAAGCGCGAAUUUAAGCGAAGGAUUUUUAGUUUAA